AUGUCGUCCGAGAAGGCCCAGAACCCCAUGAGGGAGCUCAAGAUCCAGAAGCUCGUCCUCAACAUCUCCGUUGGUGAGUCUGGUGACAGACUUACCCGUGCCGCCAAGGUGCUCGAGCAGCUGUCUGGUCAGACUCCCGUCUACAGCAAGGCCCGCUACACCGUCCGUACCUUCGGUAUCCGCCGUAACGAAAAGAUCGCUGUCCACGUCACCGUCCGUGGCCCCAAGGCCGAGGAGAUUCUCGAGCGUGGCCUCAAGGUCAAGGAGUACGAGCUCCGCAAGCGCAACUUCUCUGAGACUGGCAACUUCGGUUUCGGUAUCUCCGAGCACAUCGAUCUCGGUAUCAAGUACGACCCCGCCAUCGGUAUCUACGGUAUGGACUUCUACUGCUGCAUGACCCGUCCCGGUGAGCGCAUCACCCGCCGCCGCCGCGCCAAGGGCAGAAUCGGUGCCUCCCACAAGAUCAACCGUGACGAGACCGUCAAGUGGUUCAAGUCUCGCUUCGACGGUAUUGUCCGAUAA